GUUUUUAUACAUAUUUCAUUUUACAGCGUCUCUCUUUUAUCACGUCUCAAUUCCUUGAGGAAUUUCUUCUUUUAUUCCAACUACACUGUAAAUUACCGAACACAAGCUAUACAUACAAGCUCGGUGCUAUAAAAAAAUUCGACGAAGAUGAUGGUGGAUCUGAGCUCAUUUUCCGACGAGAAUUUUGAGGCGAAGAAAUGGAUAAACAAUGCCUGUCAAUCACGUCACCCUCAAGAUCCGCUGGAGAAUCAUUUAGUAGAUCUGGAGAUGAAGCUUCAAAUGAUCUCCGAAGAGAUCUCCGCCUCGCUCGAAGAGCAGAGCGCCGCCGCGCUCCUCCGCGUGCCUCGCGCUUCGCGUGACGUCAUUCGCCUUCGCGAUGAUGCGUUGUCGCUUCGUCAAUCGGUGGCUUCGAUCAUCCAGAAACUGAAAAAGGCAGAGGGUUCCUCGGCAGAAUCUAUAGCUACACUUUCAAAAGUCGAUACAGUCAAGCGACGAAUGGAAGCAGCUUUUGAAACUUUGCAGGAUGCAGCUGGGUUAACUCAGUUGAGUUCAACUGUGGAGGAUGUGUUUGCCAGUGGUGAUCUUCCACGUGCUGCUGAGACAUUGGCAAAUAUGAGGCAUUGCUUAUCUGCUGUUGGGGAGGUUGCUGAAUUUGCUAAUAUUAGGAAGCAGCUUGAGGUCUUAGAGGAUAGACUAGACAAUAUGGUCCAGCCUCUGUUGGAUGACGCAAUAAACAAUAGAAAGACGGAAGUUGCUCAAAAUUAUCGUGGAAUCCUCAUUCGUAUAGGAAGAUUUAAGUCUCUAGAGACAUACUAUGCCAAAGUUCACCUCAAGCCAUUGAAGCAGCUGUGGGAAGAUUUUGACUCUCGGCAACAAACUAAUGCAAUACCGAGCGAGAAAAAUGAAUCUAUUUCACUUUUAAGUUGGUUGCCGAGUUUCUAUGAUGAAUUGCUUCUAUAUAUAGAGCAAGAGUGGAAGUGGUCGAUACUUGCUUUUCCGGAAGAUUACAAGACUCUUGUGCCAAAGCUUUUGCACGAGCUAAUGGCAACUGUUAGUGGAACUUUUGUCUCACGCCUCAAUUUAGCAACUUCUGAAGUUGUCCCAGAAACAAAAGCUUUGGCUAAAGGCAUAUUGGAUAUCUUAUCUGGAGACGUGCCAAAGAGUGUCAAAGUUCAAACGAAGCACCUUGAGGCACUAAUAGAAUUACACAACAUGACGGGAAGCUUUGCUAGAAAUAUUCAACACUUGUUCUCAGAAACCAACCUGAAGGUUUUAUUGGAGACACUGAAAGCAGUUUAUAAUCCGUAUGAACCCUUCAAACAAAGGUAUGGACAGAUGGAGCGCAUUACUUUAUCUGCUGAGAUUGGAGGAAUUGAUCUCAGAGGAGCUGUAAAAACUACCCGCAUUGGAUCCCAAGGAGUUGAACUUAGUGAAACAGUUCGAAGAAUGGAAGAGUCUAUCCCACAUGUCAUUGUACUUCUUGAAGCUGCUGUAGAGAGAUGCAUCAACUUUACUGGUGGUUCUGAGGCAGAUGAGUUGAUUCUGGCUCUCGAUGACAUAAUGUUACAAUACAUUUCCACUUUACAAGACAUUCUGAAAUCCUUAAGAGCUGUAUGUGGUCUAGAUGUUAUUUCUGAUGGUAAUGAGAAAAAGGAUGGAGUUUCAGUAGCGCGUAAAGUUGAGUCUUCAACUGAAGAGGAAUGGUCUUAUGUCCAAGGUGCAUUGCAAAUUCUUGCAGUGUCAGAUAGUUUAACAAGCAGAUCUGCAGUUUUUGAAGCUUCCCUGAGAGCUACUCUUGCUAGACUGAGCACCAACCUGUCUGUGUCAGUAUAUGGUUCAAGUCCAGAUCACAAGCAGUCACAUGUGGUGGACGUUGAUGGAAGUGGAGAUUUAUCAGUGGCUGGAAGGGCAGCCUUGGAUGUGGCAGCUUUGAGGCUUAUUGAUGUCCCUGAUAAGGCUCGGAAACUCUUUAACCUAUUAGAACAGUCCAAAGAUCCUCGGUUCCAUGCUCUUCCAAUUACAGCUCAGAGAGUUGCAGCAUUUGCAGAUACAGUCAAUGAGCUCGUUUACGAUGUCCUGAUAUCUAAAGUUCGACAACGUUUUAAUGAUGUGUCUCGUCUUCCAGUUUGGUCUUCUGUUGAGGAACAAAGUUCUCAUCACCUACCAAGCUUUAGUGCAUAUCCACAGAAUUAUGUGACUAGUGUUGGUGAAUAUCUUUUAACUCUUCCCCAGCAAUUAGAACCACUCGUCGAUGGAAUAUCAGGCAGUGAUGCUAAUGCCGAUGAAGCGCAGUUCUUUGCAACUGAAUGGAUGUUCAAGGUUGCAGAGGGUGCUACUGCUCUUUAUAUGGAGCAGUUGAGGGGUAUACACUAUAUAACAGAGCGUGGAGCGCAGCAACUGUCCGUAGAUAUCGAGUAUUUGAGCAAUGUGUUGUCUGCUCUCUCAAUGCCAAUUCCUCCCAUCCUUGCUACAUACUACACAUGCCUGUCUACCCCAAGAGAUCAGCUCAAGGAACUGUUGAAAUCGGAUUCUGAAAGCCAGCUUGAUCCCCCGACAGCAAACCUUGUUUGCAAAAUGCGGCGUGUUAAUUUGGAAUAACAUCAAUUUUUAAUUUUCUAUUGAUUGUUACUUAAGGUUCACUGAAGGUUGGCUGGUACCAGUUCUACACUCCUAUUUGCUCACGGAUUGGUUGCUUAUAGCCUUGUGAGCCACCAACAUAUUUUGCUGGAAAAUAUGAGAGCUAUUUUUGGAUAGUGUGUCCUGGAAAUGCUCGGGAGAAAUGUUCUAGAACUCUUUCCCCGUUGAAGUGCUUUGUAGAUCAUGUAAAAGAAUGUAGACGAUUGAGAAACAACAAUCCUCUCAACGUAAAGGGAUAAUUAGUCGUCAUAUAUAUAAUCCACACUUUUAUGGUCAAUUUAUAUUUUUGUUUCA